AUGCCUAGACUAAAGGCAAUUGCCCUCCACGGACUGGCGGCCGCCGUAGGCGUGUCCGCCUUUGCUGUGCAGCAAAAACCAAUCCUUCAUGACCAGCAAGCCCAGGCGCCUAUUGGCACCCACGGCGACAAGCCACUCGUCGAUUCGGAAGCUCUCCAAGACACCAUCAAAGCCGACAACCUUCUCGCCCGCGCCAAACACCUCUACAAGAUCGCCAAGCUGUCCGAGGACAAGUUCGGCCGUCCCACGCGUGUUAUCGGAAGUCCGGGCCACGAAGGCACCAUCAAGUACAUACAGAAAGCCCUCAAUGCCGUCAGCGACUACUACACAUUUGGUCUGCAGCCUUUCUCCGCCGUGUCGGGAACCGUCUUCGAGAGCCGUCUGACCAUCGACGACAAGCUGCCUUUCACCGCCUAUCCUAUGAGCCUGACGCCCCCGACUAAGAAUAAGGAACCGGUGGACGGGAACCUGGUGCUCGUCUCGAACGAAGGCUGCAACGAAGAGGACUACCCCGAGGCUGUCUCAGGCAACAUCGCUUUCAUCAAGCGCGGUGUUUGCCCCUUUGGCACAAAGUCAGAGCUUGCUGGCAAGGCAGGCGCCAUCGCUGCUGUGGUCUACAACUACGAAGACGCGCCUGUGGGAGGCACCCUCGGCACCCCGUCCAAAAACCACGUUGCUACCUUUGGCUUGUCUGGCAGGGAGGCCCGUCCCUACGUCGAGAGACUCGAGACGGGUAAGACGAUCGCCGCCACCGCUUAUAUUGACGCCGUCGUGAACCAGAUCGUGACCAACAACAUCAUUGCCCAAACAAAAGGAGGAGAUCAAGAAAACUGCGUCAUGCUUGGAGGCCACAGUGAUUCUGUUGGGGAGGGCCCCGGCAUCAAUGAUGACGGAUCAGGAAGCCUGGCUCUGUUGGAGGUUGCUUUGAACCUGGCCAACUUCUCUGUCAACAACUGCGUGCGUUUUGCAUGGUGGUCUGCCGAAGAGGAAGGCUUGCUGGGUUCUGAUCACUACGUUAGUGUCUUGGCUCCCGAGGAGAACAAGAAGAUCCGUCUGUUCAUGGACUAUGAUAUGCUGGCCAGCCCCAACUUUGCAUACCAAGUCUACGAUGCUCGAGACGCGGUCAAUCCAGUUGGCUCGCAAGCGCUUCGCGACCUGUACGUCGACUGGUACACCAAGCACGGACUCAACUACACCUUUAUCCCCUUCGAUGGACGCAGUGAUUAUGAUGGUUUCAUCCGGCACGGUAUCCCCGCGGGUGGUAUUGCUACCGGCGCUGAGGGCAUCAAAUCCAGGGCCGAGGCCCAGAUGUUUGGCGGCGAGUAUGGUGUUCCAUACGAUGUCUGCUAUCAUGAGCUCUGUGAUGAUAUCCAGAAUCUGAACCUCACAGCUUGGGAGAUCAACACCAAGUUGGUUGCCCACUCGGUUGCAACAUUUGCUACUUCUUUUGAUGGCUUCCCCAAGAGAACGCUUGACGAGGAGCAGUUGUUCGCUACCACAAACAUGUAUCGCGAGCAGACGAAGUAUCAUGGUGACAAGCUUUUUGUCUGA